AGAGCUAGCGCGGAGCGCCCAACCAUCGCCCCCAGAGUCCCGGAGCCGGCCCCGCGCGGGGCCACGCGUCCCGUGGGCGCUGGUUCCUAAGGACGACAACAGCACCAGCUUUUCCUUUCUCCCUUUCCUUCCCUUCCCUUCCCCGCACUCCUCCCCCUGCUCACUGCUGUGUGUCAGCACUUGGCUGGAGACUUCUUGAACUUGCAGGGAGAAUAACUUGUACUCCCCACUUCGCACGGGUGCCUUUGCCAGCACAGCCAGCCUGGUCGCCUCUGAGCCCCGCCGCCCCUCCACCCCUCUGCCGGGCCCAACCCCCCUAGAAGCUGUUCCGAGCUUGAGAAAGAGGGACUGCGCGGCCGGCACCCGGGAGGAGGAGGAGGAGGCAAAGGGAACGGACACCCGGUCCCAGCGCCAAGUUCUUCUAACAGAGCUUUUUCCAUGUGGAGACUCUUUCAAUGGACGUGUCCCCGCGUGCUUCUUAGACGGACUGCGGUCUCCUAAAGGUCGACCAUGGUGGCCGGGACCCGCUGUCUUCUAGCGUUGCUGCUUCCCCAGGUCCUCCUGGGCGGUGCGGCCGGCCUCAUUCCCGAGCUGGGCCGCAAGAAGUUCGCGGCAUCAUCCGGCCGCCCCUCGUCCCAGCCCUCGGACGACGUCCUGAGUGAAUUUGAGUUGCGACUGCUGGGCAUGUUCGGCCUGAAGCAGAGACCCACCCCGAGCAGGGACGCUGUGGUCCCACCCUACAUGCUGGACCUGUACCGCCGGCACUCGGGCCAGCCAGGAGCUCCUGCCCCGGACCACAGGCUGGAGAGGGCUGCCAGUCGCGCCAAUACCGUGCGCAGCUUCCACCACGAAGAAUCUUUGGAAGAACUGCCAGAAAUGAACGGGAAAACAAUCCGGCGAUUCUUCUUUAAUUUAAGCUCUAUUCCCACUGAGGAGUUUAUCACAUCAGCAGAACUACAGGUUUUUCGGGAACAGAUACAGGAAGCUUUGAGAAGCAAUAGCAGUUUCCAUCACCGAAUUAAUAUUUAUGAAAUUAUAAAACCUGCAACUGUCAACUCAAAAUUCCCCGUAACCAGACUUUUGGACACCAGAUUGGUGAAUCAGAACACCAGCAGGUGGGAGAGUUUCGAUGUCACUCCCGCUGUGAUGCGUUGGACUGCGCAGGGACACGCCAACCAUGGAUUUGUGGUGGAGGUGACCCACUUGGAGGAGAAGCAAGGAGUCUCCAAGAGACACGUGAGGAUUAGCAGGUCUUUGCACCAGGAUGAACACAGCUGGAGCCAAAUAAGGCCCUUACUGGUCACUUUUGGCCAUGAUGGGAAAGGGCGCCCUCUCCAUAGAAGAGAAAAGCGUCAAGCGAAACACAAACAGCGGAAGCGCCUCAAGUCCAGCUGUAAGAGACACCCUUUGUACGUGGACUUUAGUGACGUGGGGUGGAAUGACUGGAUUGUGGCCCCUCCAGGGUAUCAUGCCUUUUACUGCCACGGGGAAUGCCCUUUUCCCCUGGCCGAUCACCUGAACUCCACCAAUCACGCCAUCGUGCAGACGUUGGUCAACUCUGUGAACUCCAAGAUCCCUAAGGCGUGCUGUGUCCCAACAGAACUCAGUGCUAUCUCCAUGCUGUACCUUGACGAAAAUGAAAAGGUUGUAUUAAAGAACUAUCAGGACAUGGUUGUGGAGGGUUGUGGGUGUCGUUAGCACAGCAAAAAUAAUUAAUUAAUUAAAUAUAUACACACACACACACACACACACACACACACACACAUAUAUAUAUAUAUAUAUAUAUUAGAAAAAAGCAAAAAAAAAAAAAAAAAAAAGCCCAAAAGCCCCCCAAAACAAAACCAGCUGACACUUUAAUAUUUCCCAAUGAAGACUUUAUUUAUGGAAUGGAAUGGAAAAAAAAAACACAGCUAUUUUGAAAAUAUAUUUAUAUCUACGAAAAGAAGUUGGGAAAACAAAUAUUUUAAUCAGAGAAUUAUUCCUUAAAGAUUUAAAAUGUAUUUAGUUGUACAUUUUAUAUGGGUUCAACCCCAGCACAUGAAGUAUAAUGGUCAGAUUUAUUUUGUAUUUAUUUACUAUUAUAACCACUUUUUAGGAAAAAUAGUUAAUUUGUAUUUAUAUGUAAUCAAAAGAAGUAUCGGGUUUGUACAUAAUUUUCCAAAAAUUGUAGUUGUUUUUUGUUGUGUGUAUUUAAGAUGAAAAGUCUACAUGGAAGGUUACUCUGGCAAAGUGCUUAGCACAUUUGCUUUUUUUUUUUUUUUUUUUUUUUUUGCAGCGCUACUGUUAAGUUCACAAGUUCAAGUCCAGAAAAAAAAAAAAGUGGAUAAUCCACUCUGCUGACUUUCAAGAUUAUUAUAUUAUUCAAUUCUCAGGAAUGUUGCAGAGUGGUUGUCCAGUUCAUGAGAACUUUCAUCCUUAUUAGGUGGAAUAUUUGGAUAAGAAUCAGACAUUGCUGAUCUGAUACAGAAACCAGCCCCCCACCCCCUAAUUUGCAGAAAAAGUAAAGCAGGACCAAUAGAAGUAAUUAGCAAAAGGAUGAACAUGCAGGAAAGUGAAUGAUGGUUCAUUGUUCUUCUUUCCUGAAACAGUGAUCCCUUCUAGGGGCUGAUCUGGCCGAAGUAUUAAAUAAAACGUUAAGAUUUCUUCAUUAUUGAUAUUGUGGUCAUGUAUAUUUAAAAUUGAUGUCCUGUGGCCCUCAUUAAGAUCUGGAAAAAGAUUUGUAUUUCCCCUCUACCUUGUCGGGGAGCUCUCUAUGCCCCAAAGUACCUAAUUUUCUAACUUUGCCCAACACACAGCAAAAUUGUGCACAUCAUGUUUUCUGCCCACACCCUGUACUCUGACUGAUCAGCUUGCUAUUCUUACCAAGGUAAUGUGUUUGAACACAUUUCUCCAAGUGUUAAACCUAUUUCAGAUAAUAAAUAUCAAACCUCUGGCA